GAUGAGCUCUGCUGGGUAACAAAUGUGCAUUGUUAACAAGGGCCUCUAGCUCAAGGUCUGUCCCAAAGGACUGAAUUUAAGAGUGGGAAAUUUCAGGCACUGUAGCAGGCCAGUGCCUACAGGAAAAGGUACCAGGGGCAUGCAGUGCCUCUCGAGUUCAUCUGAAGCCGUUCCAUUUCUACCAUGUUAGCCACCAAUGAGCCACUCUUUUCUCAUGCAUCUGUACCUUCACCUUUUUGGUUCUAGAGCAAAGAAGAGAACAGAAACUCCUUUGCCAGUUAUGGUUCCCAGGCAGCCCCCCUUCUCUGCCUCCCUUGCUUUGGAGAAAAAGGGCUUACUGCCUCACUUGCUGUACCAUCCUGGCCAUCUGUGCCACCAGAAGUGCUGAUAGAAAAGUGAAACCCACUGAAAGAGCAAGGAAGAAGAACGGCCUUUUUGUUCUGAUUUAAUAGGUUAUUUGUCCUUGAAUCCCUAAAGAGGGCCUACAAACCAACCUCUCAGUCCUCACAAGUGCCCUCUCUGGUUGGGUACUGCGUCCAGAGAAUCGUUUUAAUAUCCAGACUGUUUCUCCAUUUCUUUUAGAUCCUAAAUAUUACUCAUUUCCAGAGCAAGAGGGAGUCCAAAGCCCUCCCAUCUUUGAGUGCACCCUUCCCGUGAACUCAAAACCAGGGGCAGUGAGAAAGACGAAGAGGCAAAGGGCUAGCUGUAGAAGAGCAGCUAGUAGCUCGCAAUGAGCCAUCAGGAUCUCCUAGGCACUUGUUAAGAAAUACACACGUCCGGAGAGGCUCAUAGAAAUCCUUAUUUAGCAAACUCGGGUAGGCGCCAGGCUUCUCUUUUUUAACAAGUGCCCAGUGGCUUCUUUUGUUGAAGAGCCCCAAACCGAGCUGUAGGCCCGGCUACAAGAGCCACUCGCAAUACAGGAGCUGCUUCCGCUUCCCAGCCGGUGAAGGGGUUAGGGUGAAGCAGAGUUAAACUCCCAACCAGAUCGCUGGUGCGCUAGUUCCCUCCCCUUAUCGAAACCCAACACUCCACAUUCCUAAACCUCUGUGGCUCUGGCCGGCUCCUCCCCUCCCGUGGACCCACCCCCGACGCACGUUCCAGCGAUCUUCGGUUGGCGGCGGGUCUGCGCAGGCUCCUGAAGGGUCGGGGGAGAGGGGGCUCGGGCGGGGGCGUGGCUCCGAUCUUUGUGGGUCUCGCGACUCCCGGCUCGCAGCCUGACUUGGGUGCCACGCCCCGAACCCGAAGCAGUUGGGAGUGUCCCUCGGUCUGCCCGCCUGCGAAGGGCUGUGGAGGCCUGGAGGUGGGUGCAGACUUGCAAGGGCCGAGCUGCAACUGUGAGGUUCUCCCCGGAAUCCCUGCCGUCUCGGAGCUGCGGGGAAGCGCGGGGCACCGGUAUCGCAGGUGUCGCUGUGGCCGUAUUUCCUGGUGGUCUUCAUGGGCACUGGGUUCCAGAGCCUGGUCCUGAGGAGGAGGAGGAGGAGGACGGCGGAGCGUAAUUGGAAGCUGGGCUUGUGAGAGGUCUGGGAGGGAGAGAAGAGUAUCGCCUCAGCGGCCGCACUGCACGCGGAUAUGUCGGGGUUUGAUAGUUCUCUUCUGGGCCCUGCGAGUCGGCUAGAGGUCGCUGCGCCGGUGAUGGAAUGCCCAGUGUCACCCAGCUUGCUCCCUGCUCCCUGAACCUCGGGAGGACCGCCGGGACGCGCCGAAGGACAGAAAUUUGGACCUAGUAAAAGGACAUCACCCCUUAGCCCCAGCUAUGGACUCCACAGCAUCAGUUCUCCCUUCUCAGGACUCCACUCUUUCUCCAGAGAGAUACCCAGGAGAAAAGGGAACAGCCAUUUUAUUCCUGAAAGCCAGGUCCCAGGACCCGAUGACCUUUGAGGAUGUGGCCGUGGAAUUCACCCAGUGGGAGUGGGAGCAGCUGGACACUGCUCAGAAGGACCUUUACCGGGAGGUGAUGCUGGAGAACUUCAAGAACCUGGCCUCCCUGGGGUUUCCAGUGUCCAAACCAUAUGUGAUCUGUCAGUUGGAAGAAGGGGAAGAGCCCUGUACAGUAGAGAGAGAAAUCUCAACAGGUGCCCACUCAGACUGGGAAAGAAGGCCUCGAGCCAAGGAGUCAAUGCCAAGUCAGGGGAUUUCCAAAGAAAAAUUAUUCCUGGUAGCAUCUGUGGAAAAACACAUUAGAGAUGAACUUUGGUUUUCCAAACUGGAAGCAGCUUGGGGUUGUGAUAACCAGUUAGAAAUGCAUCCACAAAAACAGGAGAGACCUGUGAAAGAAAUGUCAUCUUCUCACAAAUUUACUACCAGCCUUAGGAAAGAUCAUGAAUGGAGUGAAUUUGGGACAAGUUUUGGCUUAAAAUCAGUCCUUGUUAGCCAACACAGUGUUCUCAUGGGACAAGAAUUCAAAAAAUGUGAUACGGAAUUGAGCCAGACUUCAGGGAGAAAUAACUCUCUGAGAACCCAUUCUGGGAAGAAAUCUUGUAAAUGCAGUGAAUGUGGGAAGUUGUUCCAUUUCCAGUCAGAACUUAGGCGCCAUCAGAGAUGUCACACUGGAGAAAAGCCCUAUGAGUGCAGUGAAUGUGGAAGAGCCUUUGGUCAUAUUUCAUCCCUUAUUAAACAUCAGAGAACUCAUACUGGAGAAAAGCCCUAUGAAUGCAGCGAAUGUGGCAGAGCCUUCAGCCAGAGUUCAUCUCUUGUUCUACAUUAUAGAUUCCAUACUGGAGAGAAACCCUACAAAUGCAAUGAAUGUGGGAGGGCCUUUGGUCAUACAUCAUCCCUUAUUAAACAUCAGAGAACUCAUACUGGAGAAAAACCCUAUGAAUGCAAGGAAUGUGGGAGAACCUUCAGCCAGAGUUCCUCUCUCAUUGUACAUUAUAGAUUUCAUACUGGAGAGAAGCCCUACAAAUGUAAUAGAUGUGGGAGAGCCUUCAGCCAGAGUUCAUCUCUCACUCAACAUUAUAGAUUUCAUACUGGAGAGAAACCCUACAAAUGUAAUGAAUGUGGAAGAGCCUUUGCUCACACUGCAUCCCUUAUUAAACAUCAGAAAAGUCAUGCUGGGAAAAAAACCCUAUGAAUUCAGCCAAUGUGGGAAGACUCAGCUGGAGUACACACACCACUAAACCUCAGAGGAUAUAGAAGAAAGAGAUCCUAUGAGUGUAACGUAUAUGGGAAGACUUCAGGUCAGAGGAUACAUCUUGUUCAAUAUCAGACAGGACAUACUAAACAGAAGCUAUCUAUUAAUAUCAAGAAAGGGAGUGGGCCUCCAGGCAUACCUCCUCCUUUAUCAAACACCAGAGAAUUCAAACUAAUAAGAAAACAAUGAGUGUAAUGGAUUUGGAAAGGCUUUAGUUAGAGGACACACAUUAUUCAACAUCAGACAGUUUAUGAUGGGGAUAAGCCUUUUCAAUGGAAUGCAUAUAGAACAGCCUUUAGACACAUAUUUUUCCUAAUAAAACAAACUGAAAAACUCAACAACUCAUACUGGAGAGAAACUGCUCAAAUGCGGUAAAAAACAUCAGUAAAACUUACUAAGCAUCAGGAACACAUACUAUAGAGAAUCCCUAAGAAGGAGUAAAUGUGGGAAGGUAUUCAGAGUAUAUCCCUUACUAAGCAUCAGAAAAUUCUACCUUGAGAAAAAAAUCUGUGGAUACAGUGAAUGUGAAAAAGCCUCCAGCCAAAUCUCUUCCCCUUAUAAACACCAGCAAAUUCACCUCACUGGUUAGAAACCUUGGGCAUGUAAUGCACAUGGGCAAGCUGAUGUGGAUAUUCCACCCUUUUUUGCACAUCAGAGCAUUUGUAUUAGUCACAGUUUGAAUUUAGUGAGUUUGGGAAAACCUACUAGCCAGAUGCCAGAACUGUACAAUAUGUUGAAUUCCACUAGUAAUAAUGUGUGUCUUCUAACUAAAGCCUUUCGAAAUCGCAAACCCUCAGCAUACAUUAAGGCAUCAGCCAAAAGAUAAACCCUGGGAGCUUAAUGAAUGUGAAGAUAGUUCCUUCAGACUGGAGAUUAACAACAUAGAAGUGAGAGGAAGCUGAGCAACCUAAUCUGGUGAUUUUCUACCUGGUGGGGGCUGUUUUUAUAACCACUUUUGCUCUGCCUCCCCAUCCUGUUGCUGGUGAGGGUGGGGUUGUGUGGAUGAAGGGAAUGGAGGCAGAGGAAGGUGAAGCCAUCAGUGAUCUGGCCCAGCCAUAUUUUACAGCUAAGGGAACUGACCUUCAGAAAAUGCCAAGCUCCAGCCUACAUACCUAACUGCACUGGACUUCUUGCCUCCUGGUUCACAGCUGUAGCUUAAGGAUUGAGAGACUGAAGGUCUUCCCUAUACAGAACCUCCAUGCACUAGUUUCUUUGUAGUACAUGUUACCUUUAUGAGGCAGUGGAGUAGUAUUUUAAAGUUUGACCAAAAAAGCAAUUUUAGAGAUCUUUAUGCUACUAGAUUUGGAAUUUUUUGAAAUAAACACUUAAAUCACUAAAAUAUGGGUAUUGUUAAAAUCAAAACCUCAAAAACAUUAUCCUAAGUGAGAGCAGCCAGAUGCCAGGGAUCACAUAUUGAAUGUUCCCUUUGUAUGAAAUGGCCAGAAAACACAAAUCUUCAGAGACAAAGUAGAUUAGUGGUUGCCUGCGGCUGGGAGUGGCAAUUGGGAGUGACUGCAAAUAUUCCAAGGAAUCUUAUUGGUGUGGUGGGAAUGUCCUAAAACUGGACUAUGGUGAUGGCUGAACAAUUGGUAAAUUAAUAAAAGUCAUUGAAGUGUUCCUAGAAA